AUGACUCGACACGUCUUCACCGAGCAAGAGGUGCGACUCGCAGCAGAACGACGACUCAAAUACAUUGGUGCAGCCAAAGUCAGCAUCCGCCAAAUCCAAAUUGAACCUCCCUUGCCACGGGACUUGGACCACAAAAAUUUGGAUCGGCUACGAAACAUCUUUCGUAAGAAUCGUUGUCGCCGCCUCGAUGUCCAAAACCAUGUGCCCGCGACCGUGUCUCGACAUAACCUCGCGGAGGCAUUGCAGAAGGCGAAUGUUCUACAGGAAUCAUUGCUGACAACCGAAGGCCGCCAUAUCCCCCGGCUAGAAUUUCGGAAGGGGCAACUUAGGGGUCUUCAUGGCCGUCAUCGCAUACAAGCUGGCGUCGAGGUACUCUCCCCAGCGGAUCGCUGGUGGACGGUUGAUCUCUAUACUGACGACAUUGGUGAAGAACUCAGAGCCGCGUUGGUGGAGGAAUAUUCUCAUCAAAAGAAGCCGACCGACGGGGAGGUCUAUCACAAGAUCAGACAGUAUGAAGGCGAGGGUAACGAAGCUUUCCGAGAGCGAUGGUUCGUGAGACUGUCACCCAGCAAUCAAGAACGCUUAGAUCAACUCGACAAUAAAAAGAACCGUCGCCUCCGGCAUGCAUUUGACCGAUUGUUGACGAUUCCUGGACUUUGGCCGGGCGGAAUGAGAAUCAGCCUGCUUCAUCGAUUAAUCGCCUCGGGCUGCGUUGAGGAGAUAGCAAUCUAUGUUGACCACAUCUUGGACUUCUGGUCUUCUCUGGUCGUAUCGGAUCGGCGUCUGAUGAAGAAAAUCGAUCAAGAUACCGUCCACACCCUGCAGUUACUGGCACCGGGUAAAUCACGCACUGAUAAAAAGACGGCGUGCGGGCUGGUUCUCAGUGGCCAUGUGUUUGCCGAAUUCAGUGGUGACGAGCGAAGCGCGAUAUGGAUCAGAAUGAAAGAUUUUGAUGGUCUCAUUCCGUCCUUGUACACUUUCUUUGAGGAUUUUAAGUACCUGGAGAGCUGCGCUCAUUGUCUGAAGCGGCUCUUGGGCCCAUCCCCCCCGAUCUACUCGGAGUCCGAGGAAGAUCACCGAGAGAAAGGGAAGUGUAUCAUUCAGACCUCAGAGUCUACUUUCCGACACAUACGUGCGACCGAAGCAGAAUGCCUUGAGACCGGAUACCAACAGGUAUGGCUCUAUGCCAUGCGAUAUUACCCUCUGAUGCCCCCGGACCCCAAGAACACUAAUGAUCUGUUGGCCAAACCGAGUCGCGCUAAGCCGGACCCGCGCGCGAUUUACGACAUGGCCCAUUUUGCUCACCAGCUCGGGUUUAGGUCCCCAGAAAUUGACGGGCUGCUGAGCAGUUCUCCAGAUCACGAAAUCGCACGAUCGGCCCUUCUCCAGGCCCGAAAACCAGGCCGAUAUCGAUACGAUGACCAGCAGUUUGAUGUUCUGGUGCGCCGGAUUGUAGAUUGUUUUACUGAAGCUGUGCCCGAUCGGCCUGGUCCCUCGCGAGAUCUUUUGGCAGACAGCACCGUCAAGGCGCACGCUCGCUCUGGGGUUCCGCAGACCCGCACCCAUGUGCAAGAUGCCCCUUUCUUAUUCUUAGAUCGAUUGCAUGCUGAUGUCGAUGCCGCCGAUACAAUCACUAGCUUUUUUGUUCGGCGUUGUGUCUUUUUCGCCUUUUUGGGGAAGUCGCCAACGGUUGAUCCCAUCAAUAACAGAAAAUGCGGCAAUUUGAAGGCAGACCAAAGGUUGGAAGAGGUAGUGGAAUCGCCCUUGUUUGUUGAAAAGGACGGUGUGCCGGGUGCGCCGGGCUUGGAUACGUCUGGACGGCACAUAGACACAUCAGGCAGGUCAUCUCUUCUCAGAAGGAGCAACACUACAACACGCCAGCUAGUUUGCUGCGAGACUGACAAUUCAGAAAUUGCACCCGAGCCUAUGGACCUAGAUUUUCUGGAGCCAGCUCUAGACCAGGACAGCUUUGAUCAAAGAAGUCCAUCGGAUGGAAAUCACUCUACUCCCAGAGGGUCACUGAGCGAAUCCGUGCUGGAAAUGGUCCCUUCUAGCUGCUUACCCGGAGUUGAUCCAGCACUUGGAGAUGCUAUGAGUGAAUGCACCCAGAUCUCGUUGGAUACAGUCUCACUCGAAUGGAGUCAGGGCGAGCGAGAAACAGGAGAGGAACCCAGCCCAGACACUGGAUCUGCCCUCGGAAUUGCUGCUCAGACACCUAUCGAUCCUGCAGCACAGCAACGACGUUCCUCAGAGACGGUCAUCUUGUCCGAAGAAAGCGAUCCUUCUAGAUCAGAAGAAUUAGAAGCUUUUUUCGAUGGCCUGAGGAGGGCCCAAGUCGAGCAAGAGGAGUUGGAAAAAAGGAUGGAGAGCGACCGGCUCAAUGAAGAGCUCAAUCUGCUCUAUCAUAAUCAAGCUCCGGUGAGAGAUUUGCUUCAAUCAGGUCACACUCAGACUUUGUCACUGCCGACUUCUGCUGAUCAGCAAGCGGAAGCAACAUACAGAGAGAUCGAGCACAUCGGAACAAAAAAUGCCGACCCCAAUUGCCAAGCGUCUACACAACAGCUUAUCGAGAUUAAAUUCUGGUCACUCGAGCGAGGUCAGUGGAAUCAAUCAGACUGUCUCCUCGUAGACCGGUCGGAUCCAUCACCCAUGGAGCGGCUCGCACGGAAGUACUCCUGCAAAGGAUAUACGCUCUACGAUGUGAGCCUCAAGUGCCUUCGUCCAGCCCAUUGUUACCCUGCAGCAACAGCGGAUGAUACCAAUGCGAUCUUCUUGAUUUCCGCCCACGAAGAGAAAGCCAUUGCGGCUACAGAAGGAUUAGGGAAGGAGGAGAAACUGAUUUCAAUGGCCGCUCGCGUUGUGGGACGUGCAGGGGAGCGAUGA